AUGGCACUGGCUCACAACUAUGAUGGCGUGGAGAAGGUUGAGCUUGAGCUACUGCUGGACAAGCGUGAUGAGGUUACUUGCACCCUGGCCUUUUAUUACUCAAUCGGUAGAGGUGUAGACAAGAACGUGGCCAAGUCAUUUGAGCUACUCCAAAGUGUACCAAACACAGUUGAGGGCUCUCGACUGUUGUUCAAAUACUGGAGGGAGCAGGAGAAGAUGUCGACGGGUACUCCACCAGCAAUCAGACAGUCUGACGUGUACUAUGAUCUGUUCACCAAGUUGCUCCAGGCUGCUUACAAGAAGUACUACAUUGGAUUGAUUGAUAGACAGAGAGUACACUUUGACAGUCUGACCACUUUGGAUGGAGUGCCACUUACCGACGUGCCGCUCAAUGAUUGGCUCCACUCCCAAGACUUGCCCAUGUAUAUAAUGUGUCAUGGCAUCAAGUACGAGUUCUCGCACUACAAAGUUGAUAAAGAAAACCUCAACACCGAGGCAAUGAUAUACUUUGAUGUCCAGAGAAUAAGUAACAUUGGACAAAUGUCAGUCCAGAAGUUUAUCUCAUUCAGCUACAGAGAGAAGACGGGAGACUUGAUCUAUCUUCACGAGGUCAUUGAUUAUCCAACUCUACCAGAAGUAUUGGAAACACAACAACUUACACCCGAUCAACAGAUGUCAAUGCUCAAGGGAUUGUCAGACUCGAUGGUUAUGUUGUGUGAAGACCUUGACCUCGAUCACCUGUACAUCAACUUGACACCAUCAAAGAUUCGUGUCAAUCCCAAGACCUUGGCACAUUACAUCCCCAACGACUUUGUCCUAUCAGUUCAGAUCAACUUCCUCAAUCAAGAUCCUGACACAAUCAAGGAAUUGUCGAUUAGAUCGUUUGGAGAUAUCAUUAGCCAAUUCAAUUUAACAAAGGACAAUGGCAAACUUAAAGAGCUCCAAUCCUCUUGCAAGAUAUAUCCAAAAGAACUUACAUUUGACAAGAUCUACCAGGCAUUGUCCUUGAUGUAA